UUGAGGUUGGACUACAGCGAGAUAACACGCGUAAAAGUGGAUGAAAAGAGCCGAGUGGAAUGGAGAAACUGAACCAAGGCGCAGGGACUGGCUCCAUCUGAAUCAUAACCAAAGGGAGGGGGAAAAUACCUGAAUGGGACCAGGGGGGAUGAAGAGUGUAAUUAACAGUUUUGAUAAAGAGCUGUGGUUAUAUUCCAAAAUGGCACGGAUUUGCGCCCACGCAAAUGCGCACUUUGCUAAGAUGACAUAGCACUUAAGAAAAUGGGAUUCCUCCAGGAACAUAAUUCACUCACGACCUGAAUGAAAAUAGAAAAAGGGAUUCUAUUGAAAUCGGAGUCUGGUUUGGCUUGAUAUAUAUAUUUUUUUGUAUUCUUUUACUUGACAAGCUGCGGCUCUGAGUGAACUCAGACUGAAAUAUGAAUCUGGGCAAAGCACUUCUGUUUUUCCUCCUGUCAAACUGUGUGACAAUGACUUUCUCGCUGUCCACUUGCACCACCGUGGACAUCGACCACAUAAAGAAAAAGAGAGUGGAGGCGGUCCGGGGACAGAUUCUCAGCAAACUCCGGAUGACGAGUCCGCCUCAGACGACAGGUCCGAGCCAGGUGCCGCUUCAGGUUCUGGCCCUGUAUAACAGCACCAGGGAGCUCAUAGAGGAGCUGGGAAGGGACCGGCAGCAGAGUUGCGGCCAGGAUAACACAGAGACUGAGUACUACGCCAAAGAGAUUUACAAGUUCAACAUGAUCAGUGGUCCACCAGAAAACAAUGACCUCUCCUACUGCAAUAAUCGUAUCACCUCCAAGGUUUUCCGCUUCAACGUGUCGAUCAUGGAGAAGAAUGCCACCAAUCUGUUCCGGGCUGAGUUUCGCGCCCUGCGGAUCCACAAUCCCAAUGCCAAGAAAAACGAGCAGAGGAUUGAGCUCUACCAGAUCCUCCAGAAAGACGACCCAAAAGUCAAACACCGCUUCAUCGGGGGCAAGAACGUCCUGACCAAGGGGACCCCUGAGUGGAUCUCCUUCGAUGUGACCGAGACUGUGAGGGAAUGGCUGAUGUACGGAAAGACUAAUCUUGGGCUGGAGAUCAGUGUGCACUGUCCCUGCCACACUUUCAGGAAAAACGGUGAAAUCGUUGAUAACAUAAACGAAUUGCUGGAAGUCAAAUUUGAAGGCAUGGAAGGAGACUACAACGAUCAGAAGAAGCAGGAGGAGCAGAAGGAGCAGAAGGAGCAGCCGUACCCUCACCUCAUCCUCAUGAUGAUUCCUCCCCACAGGCUGGACGUUCACUCCUCCUCCCGCAGGCGCAAGCGGGCACUCGACACCAAUUACUGCUUCAACAAUUACGAGGAGAACUGCUGUGUGCGAUCACUAUAUAUUAAUUUCCGUCAGGAUUUGGGCUGGCGGUGGAUCCACCAACCCGAGGGCUACUUUGCAAACUACUGCUCCGGUCCCUGUCCCUACCUUCGUAGUGCAGACACCACCCACAGUUCGCUGCUGAGCCUCUACAACACCCUGAACCCAGAAGCCUCCGCCUCACCCUGCUGCGUUCCUCAGGACCUGGAGCCCCUCACCAUCCUCUACUACGUGGGACGCUCCCCGAAAGUCGAGCAGCUCUCCAACAUGGUCGUCAAGUCCUGCAAGUGCAGCUAAGCUUCAGGGACCCCGCAGAGAGGAGACGCCUCGGAGGAAUUUAAAUUGGGCAGGAUGCAAUUUGUCCUCCAACGAUCCCCCAACCCAACCCCAACCUCGCCUCCGCUUCAGCCCUGCCCAAGAGGAAAAAGCAAUCCGCCGAUCUCCAUUUACCAGAAGUCAUCAGAGACCACUCCCACCGUGACUGACAUCAGUAUUACUCGUGUUCUGUCCUGUUAACUAUUAGAGCAUUUUUGAAAAGCCUGUACCUCACAUGACUUUUGUUUUCACUGAACGAGGAACAAGAACGACCUUCUCGUUAGAAAUCUCAAGGACAAUAAACGUGUGCAACCAAGACGAGACUGAGAACGCGAACUGGACUCAGCAUGCGCCGAAAAGCGGUAGGACGAGAUGGUGAUGUGCUUGCAGGGAGGACACUUUGGGACAUGACGUGAAAUCUAACCUGGAAGCUGCACUGUGCACGCCACAGCUCCCCACACUGUCUGUUGAGGAGUUCAUGCUGAUUAGUAAAAACAAUAAUUGAGAUGAAAAAAAGAGAAAACAAAA